GCCGUCCUCGCGCUCGUCCUGCUCCGCUACCGCGACGCUGGUGGAGUCACUGACACGGAGACCGACGGACCUGCGAGCGGAGUGGCUGCGGCCCACAGGUAGAAUGGAAAGCCUUGCAUUGCUUAAUAAGGACCAGAGUGAGGAGGGCAUCACCAGCCACUCAGCAACAAUGUCUUCAGAAUUGGAGACCUCAGAGGGGGUAGAUGAGUCAGAGAAAAAGAACUCCAUGGCCCCAGAGAAGGAAAACCAUACCAAAAUGGCAGACCUCUCUGAGCUCCUGAAGGAAGGGACCAAGGAAGCACAUGACCGGGCAGAAAAUACCCAGUUUGUCAAAGACUUCUUGAAAGGAAACAUUAGGAAGGAGCUAUUUAAGCUGGCCACUACUGCACUUUAUUUCACAUACUCGGCCCUUGAGGAGGAAAUGGACCGAAACAAAGACCACCCAGCCUUCGCCCCCUUGUAUUUCCCCAUGGAGCUACACCGGAAGCAAGCACUGAUCAAGGACAUGGAGUAUUUCUUUGGUGAAAACUGGGAGGAGCAGGUGAAGUGCUCUGAGGCUGCCCAGAAGUAUGUGGACCGGAUCCACUAUGUAGGGCAGAAUGAGCCAGAGCUGCUGGUGGCCCAUGCUUAUACUCGUUACAUGGGGGACCUUUCAGGAGGCCAGGUGCUGAAGAAGGUGGCCCAGCGGGCACUGAAACUCCCCAGCACUGGGGAAGGGACCCAGUUCUACCUGUUUGAGCAUGUGGACAAUGCCCAGCAAUUCAAGCAGUUCUACCGAGCCAGAAUGAAUGCCCUGGACUUGAAUUUAAAGACCAAAGAGAGGAUCGUGGAGGAGGCCAACAAAGCCUUUGAAUAUAAUAUGCAGAUAUUCAGUGAACUGGACCAGGCUGGCUCCAUGCUGGCAAGAGAAACUCAGGAGGAUGGACUCCCCAUGCAUGAUGGGAAGGGAGAUAUACGUAAAUGCCCCUUUUAUGCUGCUCAGCCAGACAAAGGUACCCUGGAAGGGAGCAGCUGCCCCUUCCGGACAGCCAUGGCUGUGCUGAGGAAGCCUAGCCUCCAGUUCAUUCUAGCUGCCAGUGUGGCCCUGGCUGCUGGACUCCUGGCCUGGUACUACAUGUGAAGGACCUGUCAUGUUAUUUGCAUCCUACCCCAAGUGACCUGUUCCAUCCCUAUCUCCACCUCUGACUAAACUACCACCUCAGGCAACUUUUUUAAUGCUGGGUUUGAGAAAACAAGCAACCAAUAAAAGCCAGGCACGAGAGCCUCUGCGUAAACAGCAUCUUCUCUGCCAGCCAGGUGCACACCAAGCAUAGGCUAUCACUCUAAUGACAGCCAAUACUCCACUGCAAGUCAGCCUCUGGACCUCUUCAUCUGGCUGUGCCCCAGGAUUUCUGUCACUUUGGAGGCCUGGGUACAUUUUCUUCUUUCUUAAUAGUACUUGGAGCAGUCAUUGCCUUUGCUUGGGAGUGGGCUGCCCGCACACCCAGGCUUUGUGGGAGAGGGUCAUACCAACUGAUAAUACUCAAUUUUCUAGGCCUCAGGGAGCCUUUUGGGGGUGAAAACUAUGCUUUUCUGCUUUCAAAGCCCUCCCAGAGCUUAUCCCUAAGCAGGCUGUUAUCCUGAGCUGUCUCCACGGACCAGUAUACCUGCUUCAGCACUCUUAAAGCAGACACCUCACACUUCCUCCACCCUGGGAUAGGGUAGGUGAGACUACCUCCUGGUCCCACAGUCUACAGGGAAGUAGAGUCCCGCAGAAACAGUAGCAUGUUGUAUACAUCCUCGUUGACAGCCCUCGCCUACCUCCCAACACUUCUGGACAAUUCCUUGUACCUUAUUUUUCCAUGUAUUCAUGUUACGCAUUAUAAAGAGUCUUAAUGUCUA